ACCUGCCCGGGCGGCGGGGCCGGGCUCGGGUGGCGGAGCCAUGCCGGCAGCCACAGCGCCGGGGCUGGACGUGCCGCGCACCGCCGCGCCCGGGCGGGACAGCGGCAGCCCCCGCGGAUACACAGGGCAGUGCAGCCGGGUGUCCCCUCCCCAGCUGGGCACUCUGCACAUCAUUCAUGGCAAUGGCACAGCCCUGGGGACAGUGAUCACCUUCCAGUGCCCUGCUGAGCACCAGCUGGAGGGAGCAGGCAUCAUCUCCUGCAUUUGGGAAGGGAACAACACCCACUGGACAGCUGGAAUACCCUCCUGCAAGCCCAUAUCAAAAUAUGAGACUUUUGGAUUUAAGGUGGCAGUGAUUGCUUCCAUUGUGAGCUGUGCCAUCAUCCUGCUGAUGUCCAUGGCUUUUCUCACCUGCUGUCUUAUCAAGUGUGUGAAGAAAAGUGAGAGGAGGAGGACUCAAAGAGAAAUGCAGCUGUGGUACCAGCUCAGAACUGAAGAACUGGAGCACAUGCAAGCUGCUUACUUUGCUGUUAAGGGAAGAAACAAUAACAACAACCAGAAACUCAGGAAUAAACCUGUAUUUGCUGAUGUGACUAAAGUGGCAUAUGAUAACCAAGGCUUCUACAGGUUCCAGGAGGAGUGGACUCGGGGCACCAGAGCUCCAGAGUGCUGCAAAGAUGAGGAGCAUCUUCCAGGGUUAUCCAGGAGCAGCGGAGUGCCCGUGAAACUGGGGGUACUGGGACACAGCACUGGGGCACCCACAGUGAGUGCCAUACAUGUUGUUGAAGUCUAUGGACAUAAGGAUGGUUGUAACAGACCAAGCUGUCAGAUACCUGCAUAGCUGGGGUCUGAAAUACAAUCACUCCUCUGGACCAAAAUGAAAAAUUGGAUAGAAAUAAUGUGCCUUAAAGACAACAUGGAAAGUUAAUUAUUCCCAUGAAUUUGCAAAUUUUCUAUAU